AUGGCGAUGGACAAGGAAGAAGGAUCCAGCGGUGUUGGAGAGGCUUUGCUUGAUCAGAUCAAGAAGAUGAUGGCGGACGAGUUUGAUCGGAGAGAGCAGAUCAAACAAGGCAAGAGGAAGGAGACUAGGAAUCCGAUCCAUAUCUCCGAUGGAGACAAGAGGAACGAUCCCAUGGCAUCUCAUGGUCUCGGAGACGACCAGGCCCAUGCCUACUACGGCAGCGGUCAUUCCUCUCACUCAAGCCGGCGCCGAGCCAGAAGGCAGCGAGAAGAGCCCAACCGUAUGGUUGAGAACUUGGGCGGCUACAAGAUGAGGAUUCCACCAUUUCAUGGCCGAAACAAUCCGGACGAGUACAUGGAUUGGGAAAAGAAAUGCGAGUUCAACUUUAACUUGCACAACAUCAUUGGAGACAACCGUGUCAAGCUAGCCGUCUCGGAGUUCAACGAUUAUGCGUUGAGAUGGUGGGAACAAAUCACUUUGGCUCGCGAGAUUGGUGGUGCCUUUGAGGUUACUACUUGGGAAGAAAUGAAGCGCAUCAUGAGGAAGCGAUUUGUCCCUGGCCAUUACCAACGAGAGCUACACUCCAAGCUCAGGAAGCUUACUCAGGGUUCCAAGUCCGUGGAAGAAUAUUACCAAGAGAUGGAGGUAAUGCUUCUGUGCGCCAAUGUGGUUGAAGAUCGCGAGGCCAUGAUGAAAGGUUUUUGUGUGUGGAUGUGA